AAAAAAAAAAAAAAGAAAGAAAGAAAGAAGAAGAUGAAGAUAUAUUUGGGUUGGUGUGUUAUUGUAGCCGUUUGUUAGAUGGUACAAGUGGCAGAGGGCCAACUAAGGGUGACGGUGACGGUCACGGUAAGGUCGUGACUGGUGAGAGGCAGCCAGGUAAGGUAAGAAUUCAGGUGAGGAGUUAAACAAAACAAACACUAACAAAACGGCUCUGCUCUGCUUCGCUUCGCAUGCGUUGGACAAUAAUUUUACAUUUACAGACAUGUAUUUAUAUAUAUAUAUAUUUACCGACGACGAAACAUGAAAAGACGCUGCUUUCUCCCUAUUUAAACAUAUAAUAAUUCUUCUUCAAAACUCUCUCUUCUCAAACACUUUCUCGUUGAUCUCAAAAGCGGGACUACAGAAUGAGUUUCAGGGAUGAUAGUGACGAUGGAAGGGAUCUUAGAAAGCCCUUUCUCCAUACUGGCAGCUGGUAUCGUAUGGGCUCAAGGCAAUCCAGUAUGAUGGGCUCAACUCAAGCCAUUCGGGACAGCUCCAUCUCCGUCGUCGCCUGUGUUCUUAUUGUAGCUUUGGGUCCUAUCCAAUUUGGAUUCACGUCUGGUUUUUCUUCUCCUACCCAAGCUGCAAUCACCAAGGAUCUUGGACUCUCAGUGUCAGAGUUUUCUCUGUUUGGCUCUUUGUCCAAUGUUGGUGCCAUGGUUGGGGCCAUAGCAAGCGGUCAAAUAUCUGAAUAUAUUGGUCGAAAAGGGUCUUUGAUGAUCGCUGCGAUUCCUAACAUUAUCGGAUGGCUUGCCAUAUCAUUUGCCAAAGAUUCUUCAUUUCUCUACAUGGGAAGGUUGUUGGAAGGGUUUGGUGUGGGGAUAAUCUCGUACGUGGUACCUGUAUAUAUAGCUGAGAUAUCACCUCAAAACUUAAGAGGCAGUCUGGGUUCAGUAAACCAGCUAUCUGUCACUGCGGGCAUAAUGCUGGCUUAUUUGUUGGGACUUUUUGUUCCGUGGAGAAUACUGGCAGUUUUGGGAGCACUGCCUUGCAUAAUACUGAUUCCUGGACUGUUCUUUAUUCCAGAAUCUCCUCGGUGGCUUGCAAAAAUGGGCAAGACAGAUGAUUUCGAGGUCUCUUUGCAAGUUCUUCGCGGUUUUGAUGCUGAUAUUUCAGCUGAAGUAAAUGACAUCAAGAGAUCUGUAGCAUCAUCAAGCAAAAGGUCAACAAUUAAUUUUGCAGAACUCAAGCAAAGACGAUACUAUAUGCCUCUCACGAUUGGAAUUGGAUUACUUGUGCUUCAGCAGAUUAGUGGAAUCAAUGGUGUUCUAUUCUAUUCAAGUACCAUUUUUGAAGCUGCUGGGGUGAAAUCAGGUAAUGCAGCAACAUUUGGUCUUGGGGCUAUUCAGGUAUUGGCUACUCUUGUGACUACAUGGUUGGUGGACAAGGCAGGCCGUAGGCUUCUCCUUAUUGUUUCCUCUGCUGGAAUGACACUUAGCCUCCUUGUCGUAGCAGUAGCAUUCUAUCUAAAGGAUGCUGUAUCGAGCGAUUCUGGUUUGUAUAGCACAAUGAGCAUCCUAUCUGUGGUUGGGGUCGUGGCAAUGGUAGUUGCCUUCUCGUUGGGUGUUGGAGCAAUUCCAUGGAUUAUAAUGUCUGAGAUUCUUCCAGUCAAUAUAAAAAGUCUAGCUGGAAGUGUAGCAACUCUUGCCAACUGGUUCACUGCCUGGGUGGUCACCAUGACUGCAAAUUUGCUCCUGAACUGGAGUAGUGGAGGAACCUUUACCAUUUACAUGAUAGUGAGUGCUUUCACUGUGAUAUUUGUGGCGAAAUUGGUCCCUGAGACAAAAGGAAGAACUUUGGAAGAGAUUCAGUCUUCCUUUAGAUAGAGGAGGAUUCCUUCCCUUUUCCUUCUCUUCCUGAUUUGGAGAGAAGCCAGUCAUUCUACCGGCGUCUUCUUCAGUCACCAACGGGUUGGUCCGUAUUUAUUAUUGUUCCGGUUAUAAUAAUAAUGUGUGAAAAAAGAUACUGUCCAUUAAUUCAAUCUUGUUCAAAGCAUUUUUAUUCA